ACACGUCAAGUCUGAUGGAUAGACUGCCAUACACAUAUCUGCUGACAUUAUGCUGUUUUACAUUUGUCUGCAUCCAUGGAAAAGGUCAAGAUGCGUUUCCUUGUGAAGUUGAGCUGAUGGUCUCGAAAGGCACGACAUGGAAAACUGCCCCACAAAAACCUCUGACAGUCAGGUGUCUUGUCAUACACUGUGGAAUAUCACUAAACGUCACCUGGUGUAAACUGCUCGACACAAACACAUGUGUACGCAUUAAUUACACGGAAAACGUAGAAAUAAGACAGAACGACAAACGUGUUAAGGAUGAACUGAUCUCAUAUUUGACCUUCACACGGAUUUCCAUUCAUGACAACGGCCUGUACAGAUGUACUGUAAAAGCACCCAAAUAUCAGUUGAUCAGUCACUACAUCAACAUCUCAGUUUCAGAUUUAAACCAGGGGUUAGAAAUCUCUGACUAUAAUGCAGAUGGGCUACCAAGCACUGCUGGUGAUGAGGAUGUGCCCUUGCUGCCCUACUUUUCCAUCUGUCUUGGCGUAGCUCUUCUGGUUUUCAUACUGACAGUGUUAACCCACCUGGGUUUUUAUGGCUGGAAACGACAACUGAACCACAGAGAGGGCCCGGCAAUGCAGGAAAAAUCCACUCACAUGAUACCUGACCUCCCCAAAGGUAGUGCUCCUUCUACUCUUACGCUGCAUUACACCUACUCUCCAAGUACUGCAGAAAGACCACCAUCACAACCUCCCCUGAUGACCAAUGGAAACAAGCCUGCUGUCACAAACACAGCAGAGGAAAGUCAAGUGUCAGACCGUGUAUUGUAUGCUGUUGUCAACCACAGACGGUCUGAGAUACCGGUCACGGAACAGCAUGCUGCGACUAAACCAAAUAAAAAUGCAGUAUAUGCUGCCAUCAACGUUUCCUGAACAUUUUGUAUCUGUCACAUUUGUCACAUGCAAAUGAAAACAUGGAUGGAAAAAUGUUCACAAGUACGUGCUUGUGUCAAGGAACAUGGGCCAAGAAGUUAAGCGAUCAACCACACUGCAGAGGUGAACGGAGGAGGAUUGUGGUCACGCAGAUGCACAGUACAUUCAUCGACUUAACCAGGCUAGACCAGAAGCAGCUUUGAAAUUAUUCUCUCACCCUCAGAUUUUUUCCAGGCAAAGCUGCUUUUUAUUUUUAAUUUCUUGUUAUUUUUGCUUUUUUUAAAUUCCCAACAGUCAUUUUAUUUACAUGAGCUGGAGGGCUUUAUUGACUUGUUUAACUUUGUUGUCUAAAGCUUUGGUUGGUUGUUUCACGUAUAGAUUUGUCAUAUACAGAGUCACUGAAUACUUCUUCUCUUCUCUUACGCAUUUUUCUGUCUGAUUUGGAAUGAGGACUGAAGUGUGGGAGGCAUCUAUAUCUUGUUAAAUAAA